AUGUUACCAGAUCUAUAUAAUAAAUUAUCACAGGACUAUUCUCAACUUCUUGAGGAUGCCGAUGACUAUGAUGUUAACAUCACAGAAUUGAUCUCUCAUGUUCAGAAUUACCUAAUUAAGGAAAAAAAUGCUUGGAUUAAAAAAAAUCUCAUUGUGGUCUUGAACAAAUCGUUUCAGCUUGUCAGGUGUAAAACACUUCGGGAUUAUUGCCUAGAAUCCACUUGUGCUGAUCCCGAAUCUCUUUUCACUUCCAAGUAUUUUUUAUCUCUUGACCAAGCUAUCUUUUUGGAACUUAUUAAGCGCGAUGAACUAAGAGUGAAAGAAAUAGAUGUCUGGAUACGGCUUAUCGAAUGGGGAAUUUACAAUACACCAAGGAUUGAGAAGAUGAACAUUUCAGAUGUGAAUAAGUUUUCAGAUGAUGAUUUUGUAGAUUUGAAAAGAACGUUGGAUUCUUUGAUUCCACAUGUUAGAUUCUAUGAGAUUUCUCCAAAAGAUUUUUAUAGCAAGAUCCAUCCGUUUCAAAAAGUCUUACCCCAGUCACUUUACGAGGAUGUUUUGUCUUUUCUUAUGGCCAAUACCGAACCGAAGUACGCGUCAUUAUCCACAAAUAAUGGUAUAGGAACUAGAACUGCUACAAGAAAACAUGCGAACACUGUCCCCGCUAAACGGAAUAAUAAAGAC